AUGUCUCCCACAGCCCCCAGCCACGGUCAAAAGGAGGGCGGCGACUUCACCUCCAACGAGGGUAUCCACGGCGAGAACCAGCCCACCAGAUCCGAGAACACCAGCGCUGGCCGCAACACCUCUUCCGCUCCCAGCUCCGGCUCUGCUUCCAAGUCUUCCGGAACUACCUCACAGUCCAGCGGCUCUGCUCCAGAGUCUCUGGCUGGCUCUGCUCCCAGCUAUGUCAACAACCAGUACAUCAAGGAGUCUGGCCCUCACGGCAAGAACCUGAAGGAGGGUAUUGACGAUUCGAACACCAAGGAUGGUCUCAAGAAGGCUUUGGAGUCUGAGCCUGGUAGCCAGGAUGAUCCCAGCCGACUUGCUGAGCAACAGUUCCAACAGAACCAGACUGCCGCUGGUCGGGAUGCUGGUCCUAAGCAGAGUGAGCUUGAGGGCAAGACUGCUUUCGAUGCUCUUAACAACGAGACUUCCUCUUAA